GGAGCGAGUGAGCUGAGUGGUUGUGUGGUUGCGUCCCGGAGAAUGGUAGCGCUUGCAGCAUGGCUGACCAACUCACUGAAGAGCCGAUUGCAGAAUUCAAAGAAGCUUUUUCACUAUUUGACAAGGAUGGUGAUGGAACUAUAACAACAAAGGAAUUGGGAACUGUAAUGAGGUCUCUUGGGCAGAACCCCACAGAAGCAGAGUUACAGGACAUGAUUAAUGAAGUAGAUGCUGAUGGUAAUGGCACAAUUGACUUCCCGGAAUUUCUGACAAUGAUGGCAAGAAAAAUGAAAAACACAGACAGUGAAGAAGAAAUUAGAGAAGCAUUCCAUGUGUUUGAUAAGGAUGGUAAUGGCUAUAUUAGUGCAGCAGAGCUCCUCCAUGUGAUGACAAACCUUGGAGAGAAGUUAACAGAUGAAGAAGUUGAUGAAAUGAUUAGGGAAGCAGAUAUUGAUGGAGAUGGUCAAGUAAACUAUGAAGAGUUUGUACAAAUGAUGACAGCAAAGUGAAGACAUUGUACAGAAUGUGUUAAAUUUCUUGUACAAAAUUGUUAAUUUGCCUUUUUUUUUGUUUGUAACUUAUCUGUAAAAGGUUUCCCCCUACUGUCAAAAAAAAUAUGCAUGCAUAUUUCUUUUGACAGUA